AUGGAAAGCAAUACGCAUAACACUUGUUCGACAACCUAUGAUGUCUACGACAUUGAUGGAACGCUCACUCGACCUGGCCAUGAUCUAUGGUACUUGACGACCAAAUCAUUGGUGAAGGAUGAGGUUGCCUUUGACAACCGAGUCAAGCGAUGGAAGAAGGAAGUGAAAGAGAAAGAGAAAGAGAAUGAUAAUGAUGCUGUGAUGAAUGAUGCAACUGAAUCCAAUAUGAAGGAUUCCAUCCAUAUGGUCGCAGCCGCUACCAACAGCGAUGGCGUUCUACAGAAAGCAAAGUCCAUCGCAAGCGAUCUGAUGCGGCAAGGAAUCGUGUCCUCUGAAUGGGCAACCUUUGUCAAGCAACGUAUAGCUCAAGGUGCAACCCCCAUCUUGAGCACCACCAAUUAUGAGGAAGGCGCACAGGGAUUGAUUCAGGCACUUUUGGAGGCGACAUGGAUCACUCAAGAAGAAGCGGACAAGUUUCUCGUAUCAGGAACCAAGGUCAACUGGUCCGACCGAUCCAUUGUUCAUUUCAACAUGGACACGAAGAAGGCAAUGGGCAUUCUUCAAGCUACGGGCAAGGAUUCCCUUUCAGAACUUGAGAAUGCGGUGGAAAAUGUCUUUGGGAACGAUCCAUUGGGCGGCGCCAAGGACAAUGCCAAGCUGGAGCUUCCGCCAAGGAUGCAUCGAAUGUCAUGGCUUCACUGGAGAGAUACAGAGAAACACCGCAUGCCAGUUGGCCUUAUGAAUGUUGCUAUUGAAACGAAUAUGACGAGACGAAACUCACCCAUGGACAACGUGGCAAACACACGGAUGCUGUCGACUUCAAGUCUAACUGGUUUCCCUCAUGUCGUUGUGGUAGGCGGGGGCUUUUGCGGAGUGGUGGUGGCAAGGCUACUCCAAUACAACACUGCCUGUGAUGUCACUUUGAUUGAUCCAAAGCCUUACUUUGAAUACGUUGGUGCACUACCCAAGUCACUCUUGAACGAAAAGUUUUCUCGUGUCCCUCUCGCAACAGCGCUUCCUCAUACCAGCAUCAUCCAAGGUUGGGCUGAAUCGGUUAGCGACUCACACGUGGCCAUUUCGAUUGAUGGCGAAGGAGGAUCCCAUCCAGUCAGCAUCAAUAUCACUUACGACCAUUUGGUGCUUGCCACUGGAUCCAACUACCCCGCCGGAAUUAAAUAUUCUCACGAUCAUGAUUCGAAGGGAGUCUCACGAUUGAUGGACCUGAAACAGAAGAAAGCAGAGGUGGUGGCCGCCAAAUCGAUACUCAUUGUUGGCGGUGGCCUAGUCGGAGUGGAAAUCGCCACGGAAGUCAAGAGUACCUAUCCCAACAAACAGGUGACCAUUCUGGAUCGUCUCCCAUGUUUGUUCCCACGGAUCCUGGGAGGCCAUGAACUGGUCAGCAACCGACUUGAAGAACUUGGCAUUCUAGUUCAUUUGAAUCAAGAGGUGGAUCGAUUGGAUCCGGAUACCCACGAAUACGUCACCCAAUCAGGGCAGCGGUUUUUGGUGGAUCAUGCCAUUUGGUGCGGAGGCCCACAACCCAAUGCCACGCUCGUACCGUCUUUGGCCAAUGCCUUUCCAUCCCAGAAGAUUGCGACUGCCGAUUCGCAUCUAGACGCGGACGAAUUCUUGAAUUUGAAGGGUAGUAAUGGCCGAGUAUGGUGCGGGGGUGACAUUUGUCGUCAGACUGGACAUGCUGGACUUGGAUUUGGAGGAAUCGGAGAGGAAGCCACUGCCGCACGAGCCAUUGAACAAGGUAGAGUCAUUGCCCAUAACAUUGUUCAGAGCCUCAAGAAGAAUGCAGAAGAAGAAGAGGAACAAGGCAACAAGGUCCCAUUGGCAGUGUACGGGGAGCGCAGCGAUGGUACUAGUGGUGGUUGUAGGGACCAUCAUAACAGCAUCAUGAGCGACAAGGCCGACAUUCCAAGCAUGAUUGUUUCCUUGGGCGGAAAUCGAGCUCUCGUGGUCAUUGACAAUUAUCCAGUGGAAGGUCCCUUCCGCCAUUUGAAAGAGCAGGUGGAGAAUCUGUUUCUCUCACAAAUCUCACUUGGCGGCGCCAACUCUGGACGACUCCAAGACCCCUACGUUUUGUUGAACAAGGUGGAUACGAAUCGACUUGAGGAAUAUGCCCGCAAGAAUAUGGAACCAACCCUGAGGGAUCUCUUGACCCCGGAACUUCCUCAUCUCGUGCGCGAUACCAUGAAUUGCUUUGUUCCAAGAGCUACAUCCCGUCAGAAGCUGCGACCAUAA